CAAUCAAGAGGUGGACACUGUCCAGUAAAAUUGGAAAGAAACAAAGUCGUAAAUGAGAAUUUGUUUGCCCGUUUAUUUCAACUAAUGGAUGGAGCAAAACGUUUUCCCCACAGUGAAUGAACCUGCAACUCUUGUGUGGAUUCCAACUCACAGGAAAAGAUGAUGAGCUAGACGGGAUGAAGGAAGUGGCGGCGACUGACAGCAGGGCGAAGAGGUGUCCAGCGACAGUACGUGCUGGCAGCUGCUUGAGGCUGCUUCUGCUGACAUUCGUGACCCUCGUGAUCGGUCACCUUCUCUUGUACUACAACGGCAUCACACUCUCCACAUACCCUGGGUCCGUCGUGCCCAACUCUGCGUUCCAGAUAACGUGGUUCAACCCCUCGCUGCUGGACGGGCAAGAGAAGCACGGGUUUCUAAAUAUUGGAGGGGAAGCAGGAGAAGACGCCGCCAUCCUUGUUGACCCAGCGGUCCCAGCAGCAGACGGCGGCGGUGAGAAUGGUGCAGCACACACAGCCAGGCGUCCAUGCCCGGCCGACCCUCCAGGCCUGGUGGGGCGACUCAGGGUGGAGAGGAACCCCCCCAGUCUGGAGGAACAGGAGAGGACCCAUCCCGAGCUGACUAAGGGCGGCCACUACUGGCCGAGGAACUGUACGGCGCUCCACAAGGUCGCCAUCAUCAUCCCUUAUCGAGACCGUCGGAGCCACCUGGCGGCCCUCGUCCACCACCUGCACCCCUUCCUGCAGCGGCAGCUGAUCGAAUACAACAUUUAUGUGGUGGAGCAGGCAGGAAACGGUCCGUUCAACCGAGGUAUGCUGAUGAACGUGGGUUUCACGGAGGCCCUCCAACAGUUCCCCUACGACUGCAUCUUGCUCCAUGACGUAGAUCUUGUGCCGGAGGACGACCGCAACCUUUACACGUGCCCGCAGCCGCCCAGACAUAUGUCGGCCUUAAUCAGCAGCCAUCAUUAUAGACUGAUUUAUCCGGGUUACUUUGGGGGAGUGAGCGCCAUGACAACGGAUCAGUUCAGAGCCAUCAACGGGUUCAGUAACGAGUUCUGGGGAUGGGGCGCUGAGGACGACGACUUGUUCAAACGCGUCAGACACAAGAAACUGAACAUUUCCCGCUACCCCGGCGAGCUGGGCCGCUACACCAUGCUCUCACACAAAAAAGCGGAACCCAACCCUACCAGUCUUCUUUUUGUUUCAUAUUCCACUUCGCAGGCACAAGAACCUCAAAGCAGGAGAGAAAAGGUUCAAGAAAGACGGCCUCAACAGCCUCAAAUACCAGAUCCUGAACAUAGAGCGGCGACACCUGUUUACCUGGAUGCUCGUGGCUCUGCCCCGAUCCUGAGGCGGCCAAGAUGGAGCGUCCGUCCUUGAUUAGAUAUUGUAGUAGAUCUUGCAUUGUAACACUUUGCAUUUACUUCCCCUGUUGUAAUUGUAACAAAUAAAUUUACAUUUUGCUGAGUA